AUGCUUCCGGUAAAAUACACUAUAAGUAAGCUUUAUUUGAAAGCAACGAGGCCAUCGGCGCAACUUCCACGCCACUAUUCCGUUCCACCGAAAUUUGCCCAACAACAUCGCGGCCCACCAAAACUUCCCAAACAUGAACAAGAAGAAUUUGAAAGAUUACAAAACAUAGCACAGUCUCAGAUUGCUAUUGAGGACUAUAAUGACCGGCUACUAGCUGCACAACGUGAAGCUGCAGCUGCAGCUAGUGGCUCCAUAACUCACGAAGCAAAUGAUGAAGUAAAACCACCUGUGGUGAAUGACAACUCGGACAUCGGUACAUUCGCUUACUUGAAAACUAUUCCGGAAUUUGAAGGAGAUGUGAAUCCUAGCACUGGUGAAAUUGGUGGUCCUAAGCAAGAUCCAUUGAAACAAAGUGAUGAGUGGACUUACAAUGGUCGCACCAUUGACUUUUAA